AUGACCAAGGCAGACCUCCCACAGUGGGGCAGAGUGCUUGUGGCCGGUGGCAUCGACUGGCCCACAUUGGGCCGCAAAGCUACCAAGAACGGUCCGCCCCUCACCGUCAACCCUGACCAUCCGGAUCUACCUGCUCCACAUAUCCUGCGAUCCGUAUCAAAUGUCCGCAUGAAGCGCAUUUUCUCAUCACAUUCUUCCUGCCAUGCCGUGCUUCUAUCCGACGAUGGCAACGCCUACAUCAUCGGUCGCAACGAACAAGGGCAAUGCGGCCUGCCCAUUCGCCAGGUCCCAGCAUCCUCCAAACCUUCCGGUCCAGCAGUGUGGGACGCCUAUCUACUCGAUGCCAACACCGACUUUUCGCCUGCACUUCCCUCCGGCGCCAACGGCCAGAUCGUCUCUGCAGCAUGCGGCCGCUCACAUACGCUCCUCAUCACUGCCUCGGGCUCGGUCUACUCGGCCGGCCUCAAUACUUCGGGUCAAUGCGGCCACCCGGAAUCCCAAACCGUGCCCAUCUUCACGCGCAUCGAAACCGGCCCCUUUAUCAAGGAACGUGACCCCGUCAUCGCCGCCUCGUGCGGUCUCACUUUCUCCAUGCUGCUCACCCGGUCCGGCAAGGUCUACACCAUGGGCAGCUCCGAAAAGGGUCAACUGGGAAACGGGCGUACGGGCGAACACUUUACAACCAACAAUCGACUCGCCUUCAACACAUUCUCCGAUCCGUUCCUCGUCAAGCAGCUCGCGGACAAGACGAUCGUGCAGAUCGCAUGUGGGCAGCAGCACACGGUUGCGCUCGACGACCAAGGCUUCGUCUACGUCUGGGGUUUUGGCGGCUACGGACGUCUGGGCCUGGGCUCGCAGCAGGAUCAGCUGGUGCCGACGCUCGUACCGCAGUUUGCGCGUGAGAACGUCGUGAUGCGCGCAAAGAGCAUCUACGCCGGGCCCACCAACUCGGCGGUGGUGGACGGGCAGAGCAUGUUCUGGCUCGCGGGUAAAUGGAAGACUUCCGGCGAUGGUUCGGCAGGUCAAGGGUUCAUGACGUUCAAGUACCUUCCGGAUCUGAUGGGAGUCAAAGUGAUCAAUGCCGGGUUGGGAGGUGUGACGCUUCUAUGCACUGCCACCGAAGAACCGUCUCUAGCGGGUGACCAUGGAGCAACGAUGAACAUCUGCUGGGGCCAGAAUGCAAACUGCGGAGAACUGGGUCUGGGAGAAGGCAAGCCGCGCUCGGCGACCAAACCGCUGCGGUGCGAAACGCUCGACGGCAUCGCAAUCAUCGACAUUGCCGCCGCACAGAACACUACGUUCUACUUGGCGCGAAACCUGGGCGAACGAUACGGCGAGCUGCCCAGGUGGCCCGAGGUGGUGCAGAGUCAAGAGGUGUGCAUGGUGUGUGGUAAGGAAGAGGGCGAGGGUGGCGAGGAGAACGCGCUGCUCGAGUGCGAAAAGUGCGAGAACCCUUGGCAUCUGCAUUGCUUGAAGCCCAAGCUGGAUGAAAUUCCCGAGGGCGAAUGGCACUGCCCCAACUGUCAACCUCCCACCGCGACCAAGGCUGGCGCUGCCACCAACGGCAGCAGCAAGAGGUCGAAUGACGACGAGGACGACGACGAGGCAGCGCCAUCACAGUCCAAGAAACGCAGAUCUUGA